AUGGCUACCGAAGCAGAUCCGGUCGCGCUAAAAAGGCACCGUUCCACGAUUAAGGCAGCGUGCACGCGGAUUAAAACGUACGUCGAUAAAAUCAAAUCCGUCACCCCGUCGGUGUUAGCUCAACUCGAGGAGCGUCGGUCGAAACUCGAACAACAUUGGGCAGAAUAUCACGCGGUACAAUCACAAUUAGAAAUUAUCGAUGAACCCGAGUGUAGCGAUCGCGUUAUUUUCGAGGAGGCUUUCUUUGAUUUGUCUGCGAGAAUACGAGAGAUCCUAAGCCCGCCCCGCGCCGCACCGCGCGACACCGCGACGCCGUCUCCGACGACAUCAAGUUCUCCGAGUUUGCGAGAUUCAGCAGUGCACGUUCGACUUCCCAAGCUAAGUCUUCCGACUUUCAGUGGCAAAUACGAUGACUGGUUCCCGUUUUUCGACGCGUUCAAUUCCAUUAUACAUUCUAACGGGUCGUUAAGUAACGUUCAUAAAUUGCAAUACCUACGAUCCUCGCUCACCGGAGAAGCAAGCGAUGUGAUUAGUUCUUUGGAGAUAUCGGAUCUCAAUUACGAAAUAGCAUGGGCCAUGCUGAAAGAACGCUACGAUAACAAACGAGUCAUCGUGCAUGCCCACGUUAAAGCAAUUAUGGAACUUCCUUUCAUGACCAAAGAAAAUGCCAGCGAAUUGCGACAAAUCGCGGACGGCGCAUCCAAACACGUACAUGCUCUGCGAGCAUUGAAUCGCCCUACCGCGCAUUGGGAUGAUUUACUCGUAUACAUUUUAAGUUCGAAACUAGACGCGCUUACAUUGCGAGAAUGGCAAACGUCGUUAACGGGAUCGGACAUCCCGGUCUUUAAACAGCUGGUAGACUUCAUCGCGCAUCGAUGUCAAGUAAUCGAAGCCACCUGCAAAUCUAAUCUUACUCCAGCAAAGGGGGUUAACUCUCGUGCUCUUGCCAAUGGAAAGCGGCAAGUCGCGGCCGCCGCAACAGUGAAGUUUAAAUGUAGCUUUUGCAAGGGAGAUCACUCGAUAUACCACUGUAAAGAUUUCUUGGAACUUAGCGUCCCGCGUAGAAAGGCCGAAAUCCGCAAAUUAAAAAUGUGUGGAAAUUGCCUGCGGUCCACGUCGCACUCAGCCGGCGAAUGCACGUCGGGCCCGUGCAGGGUGUGCAAGGCAAAGCACAAUACCCUGUUGCACGCAGCGUCUUCCGCCGAACCGACAAGCGCUACGCAACAAUCGCCUGAAAAUUCAAAUUCGGCAGCAUCCCCUGCCGCACUGGCAACGCACAUAUCGCGUCCCUUCGACGGCAAGUACGCCAUACUCUCGACGGCUGUCGUGCAUGUUUACGACAAUAGAAAUUCGUUGAUACCGUGCCGCGUCUUAUUGGAUUGCGGCUCACAAGCAAAUUUCGUCUCGAAAAACUUUUUAUCUAUUCUCGGCAUCAAGCCACGCUCGUUGAAUAUAUCCAUUUCAGGAAUAAACGGUGCAAUCACCAAGUCCACGCAAACCGUGCGACUCAAAAUGCAGUCACGCAUCAAUACAUUUUCGUUCGACACUGACUGUAUCGUAACGGAUCAGGUCACGGACAAACUCCCUUCGCAUUCUAUUAAGCGGAGUGAGUUCAACAUUCCACGUGGCCUACCACUCGCGGAUCCUCAAUUCCACGUAUCGGCAGACGUCGACGCACUCAUCGGCGCAGAUCUCUUCUGGGACCUCAUCUGCAUCGGACAAAUCAAAGCAUCGCAAUCCCAUCCGACGCUGCAAAAAACCCGCUUAGGGUGGAUACUCACUGGUCGACAUUGCGACCCACCUGGGUCAAUCCAAAAAAUUCGGUCAUGCCACGCGACGGUAAGCAACACGCAGCUGCAUGAACAAUUGGAUAAAUUUUGGCGACUGGAAGACGUCAACGGCCAAUCAAACAGUUAUACCUUUCAAGAGGCUAAUUGUGAAAAACAUUUUCUAGAAAACGUGGCUCAAACUCCCGAGGGCAGAUACAUCGUGAAGCUCCCAACCAAUGAGCAGGCAAUCUUCAGGCUUGGAGAUUCCAAGGACAUUGCACGCAAACGAUUACAGGCUCUCGAGAAGCGAUUCAAACGCGAAGCAGCAUUAAAACCGCUUUAUAAAGAAUUCCUCGACGAAUACGCCUCACUUGGCCAUAUGACAUUGAUAUCCCCGCAAGCCGAUGAAGGGCUAUCGGUCUACUUACCUCACCAUGGUAUAUUCAAGGCAUCAGAGCAGGCACCGAAGCUACGUGUAGUCUUUGACGCGUCCUGCAAAACCAGUACUGGAAUCUCCUUAAAUGAUGCGCUUAUAGUGGGUCCGGUCGUCCAGCAGGAUCUGAUGUCGAUCCUCAUGCGUUUCCGCACCUUUCGCUACGCCUUCACAGCCGACAUCAUCAAAAUGUACAGGCAAAUUCUGGUGGAUACAUCCCAGACGCCUCUCCAAAGAAUCCUGUGGCGCAGUGACCCAGAAGCGGACAUACAGACAUACGAGUUGCGUACCGUCACCUACGGUACCGCUUCAGCUUCAUACUUGGCAACGAGAUGCCUCAAGCACUUGGCGGAACAACACGAAGACAAGUAUCCCUUGGGAUCAAAGCACGUCAAACAAGAUUUCUAUGUCGACGACCUGCUGACAGGAGCGGACACACUCGACCAGGCAAAGACGAUUCGAGAAGAAAUAGUUCAACUCUUGAGACUGGGGUCCUUCGAACUCAGCAAAUGGUCGUCAAAUUCUCCAGAAUUAAUCGCGGAUGGCGCACAUCAACGCCAGAAAUUAAUCACAGACGGCGACGGUGCAACCUCUCGCAUUCUUGGAAUGAAAUGGGAUCAAGCCAAGGAUACCUUCCAGAUUUCGUACGAUGCUCGCGAGAGAUACCACGUUGUCUCCAAACGCACAAUAUUGUCGGGGGUGGCCAGGCUGUUUGACCCUCUCGGACUUCUAGGCCCUAUUAUCGUAACAGCCAAGCUCAUCCUGCAGGAGCUAUGGCGGGCGGGAAGCCAUUGGGACGAAUCCGUCCCACAGGACAUACAUACGCGGUGGUCAAGAUUCGAACAGCAACUAACAGAAUUGACACGACUACAAGUACCACGAUGCAUAAAAUUCGCGACGAACCCUCAGCAGGUGGAAAUACACGGCUUCGCAGAUGCAAGCCAGCAAGCAUAUGGAGCUUGCCUGUACAUCCGAACGAAACUUGGCAGCAAUCAAUACCGUACUGAACUAUUAUGUUCAAGAUCACGCGUUGCACCGUUGAAGGCAAUAUCACUACCGAGGCUAGAGUUGGCAGCGGCAUUACUACUAGCACGAUUGCUAGAGAAGACUCGUGCGUCAUUGGAUCUGGCUCGCAUGAAAAUUUUUCUCUGGUCGGAUUCUACCAUAACCUUGAACUGGAUAACCUCGACAUCCCGGAGGUGGGAGGUAUUCGUGGCCAAUCGAACAGGCGAAAUACAGCGCCUAACGGACUUAAACUGUUGGCGGCACAUCGCUUCUUCAGAUAAUCCCGCCGACAUAUUAUCCCGCGGACUCGACCCAGCCGAGCUCGUGGACGCAAACUUAUGGUGGCACGGCCCCACAUUCUUACAAUUUAACGAGGAUUAUUGGCCAAGUGGGGAAUUCACGCGCCUCGGAGCAGAGGCACCGAACAGGCAAGAAACAGCGGCAGUCGUCAUCGUAUCACCUUCCAUUGUCAACAACUUGCUGAAAAGAUAUUCCAACAUCAACAAGAUAUGUCGCAUCCUAGCAUACUGCCUCCGAUUAAGCAAGAUGCAUCGGCCAACCCCACUGACGGAAUUCAUCCCGCACACCGAAACCUCUUACGCACUCGAGGUCGCAUGCAGAGCAGUACAGAGAGACGCAUUUCCCAACGAGUACAGCCAAUUAAGCAAGAACAAACCCCUCAGCACGUCCAGCAAAUUACUCUCUCUUUCUCCUUUCAUGGACGAAAACAGAUUAUUACGAGUGGGGGGUAGGUUAAAAAACUCUGACUUAUUAUUCGAAACGCGUCAUCCCAUAUUAUUGCCUCGCGAUCAUGAAUUAACAAAGCGUAUAAUAAAGCAAGAGCACGAGCGGAACUUACACGCCGGAACGCAUGCUACUAUGGCAGCGGUCAGACAGCAAUUUUGGCCCUUAUCGCUGCGAUCUACCACGCGAAAAAUUAUCCAAAACUGCAUAGCGUGCUUCAGGGCUAAGCCGAGCAUGUCAGAGGCCGUAAUGGCUUCUUUGCCUAAUAGCCGCGUCGCAAUCUCCAGGCCAUUCUCGCACUGUGGCGUGGACUACGCCGGUCCAAUAAUUUUAAGAGAGGGCAAACGACGAAACGCCCGCAACCACAAAGCGUAUAUCGCCAUUUUCGUAUGCUUCGCGACGAAAGGCGUCCACAUCGAGUUAGUAAGCGAUUUAACCUCCGAAAGUUUUAUUGCAGCGUUACGGCGUUUUAUUUCACGAAGAGGCAGGCCUUCCUGCAUAUACUCCGACAAUGGUACUGUCUUUGUCGGGGCGAAUAAACAGAUUAAAGAAUUGUACGAAUUUGUAAACGAUCCACGAACGCUGAGUGACGUGCAGCAUUUCCUUGGCGAGCGGCAAACGACAUGGGCCUUCAUCCCGCCUAAUGCACCUCACUUUGGUGGUUUGUGGGAGGCCGCUGUAAAGUCGGCCAAGCACCACAUGCAUCGAAUCAUAGGAGCAGCCCAUUUGACUUUCGAGGAAAUGGCGACAGUGCUGUGCGAAAUAGAAGGAAUUUUAAAUUCACGACCGCUCACGCAACUAAGCUCGGACCCGAACGACCCAGCGUACUUGAGUCCUGGACAUUUUCUAAUCGGCGCGCCCAUCAACAGUUUACCUGCUCAUGACCUGAAAGACAUAAACGAGAAUCGACUGACGCGCUGGCAAAGAGUGGAGCAAAUACGCCAGCACUUUUGGCAAAGAUGGAGCACCGAAUAUCUCCAUUCCUUGCAGGAACGAACGAAAUGGAAGGUUAACAAGGGCACGCAAUUGAAACCGGACCAGCUGGUGCUCAUAAAGCAGCAAGGCUUGGCCCCUUUACAGUGGCUUCGAGGCCGUGUACAAGAACUGCACGUUGGCUCUGAUGGCGUCACUCGAGCCGCCACGGUCCGGACCGCCAAGGGCACGCUAACGAGACCCUUGUCCAAACUCGCGAUACUCCCCCAUACUAUUUGUCCUAAAGAUUCCGCAACUGUGGUAGUAACGGAAAACAGGCCAACAUCCGAAUGCGAAACAAAAAGCCUUGUGUCCGAGGUCUAUGCAGGUUCUCAGGACAACAAGCUCAUCUAUCAUCCUAACUUUAGACGAGACAGGGUAAGGUUUCGACUAUCCUCAUUCAAAUCCAAGUCCACUCACGAAGUUCCUCAUUUCUUCAUUCAUGUAGAUGACGCCACCAGCAGACUACACGCGGAGGAGGCGCUUUUUCCGCCGCUACGAGCAAUUCAAAUAGCGUUAAAUUCAAAUACAAGAGCCUGCUUUGGGUUAACCCCCGUGGAGGUGAAUGAGCGCCAGGCCACCAACCCUCAGCCCACCCCCCAAACCUCAGACGCCAGCACCUCAACAGACGACCUUCCCUUCAUCGAUUACACCCCCUUUGAAGCCCUUUCACCCCUAACGCCAAAUGACUUCGACGAUCUAAUAGGCUCCCUUGCAAACCCCGACCCUACCACGGAAUAA